AUGCCUCCUAAAAGAAAAACUUCAGUUGAAAAUCAAGGUGAUAUAUCAACAUCCUCUACAAACAAACCGUUAAAGAAGAAAACCAAGCAUGGUAAACAAGGACAAGGACAGGCAAUUAAAGCUAAAAAGAAUAACGUAAAGAAGACAAUCAAGGUAUUAUCCAAGACUUUAAAUUACUCUCUAUGUAUACCAACAAGUGUCAUUUCAAAUUGUACCAAUUUGGAACAAAUAACCUACACCAUUUACCAAAUUGCUAAAGCUGCUACAUUUUUCAAUGCAGGUGAAAUUAUCAUCCUGGAUCUUACUUCACCACCUAACACUGAUGAUACACAACUGAAGACAAAGAAAAAAAGCACCACCAAAUUAUCUGAUUCCAUGUUAAUUGCGUCAUUAUUACAAUAUUUUGUCACACCGCCAUAUCUAGUAAAUUCAGUGUUCAAGAAACAAUAUAGACAAUAUUUCCACGAAGCUUCUAAAUUACCAAGAUUAUCUGCCUUACCAUUUAUGAGAUAUCUAGACCAUGGAGAAGGAAAUGACAAUCAUCGUUAUAGAGAAGGACUUGCAAUUAGAAUGACAAAACCAGGGAAAAUCUCCACAUCAAAUAAGAAAGAAUUCAAACAAACUAAAUUCAUUAAUAUAGGUAAAGAUAUCAAUUUAGAAUUAAAAUCUCAAUUGGUACCAAUCAACGUCAGAGUCACCGUGGAUACUAUAGAGAAAAGAGUUGUUUCACCAGAAGAAGCGUACGGAGAUUUCGUGGGAGCUCAAGCUUCAUAUGGCUAUCAUGUUAGAAUUGCUAAAUCAUUUGGUGAUAUUUUCACUCACUGUGCCUUCCGUAAUGGAUAUUCACAAUCUGUGUGGAUCAAUAGUGGUGAUUAUUAUUAUAAUGAAUCAUUAAAGAAAUACAUGAAAAUUGAUUCUAAAAUACCAACAAUUUCUAAAAUCAUUACAGGGUCCGCUACGGAAGACGCCACUAAGAAAGUCGAUGCUGCAAACUUGUUAAUGGUUUAUGGUAAGUGGGAUCAUAUUAAACAAAGUUUCAACGCGUCAAAGGAUCAAUUUGAAGGUUGUGAAGGUGCGCAAGAUUUCUUCGAUGGACAAUUUGAAUUACCAGGAAUGGUACCUCAAGGGAAUGUUCCAAUACAGGAUGCAUGUAUGAUUUCAUUGUCUUCCAUACAGGCGCUUAUAUAG